AUGGGAAAUUAAUAAGGAUCAGAUUUUGGAGGGUUAUAUAUCAGAACUGAUAAACCUUUCUAUUUUGCAGGAGAAAUCGUUACAGGAAACAUCUAUCUGAAUAUAUACAGGGACGGAUAUCCUGGUGGUGUAGUAUUAUUGAAAGUAUCUGGCAAAGAGAAAUGCAAUUGGACGGAAAGUCGAACCCGUAACACUAAUGGCCCUGAUGGUAAGCCAAAGCAAACCACAGAAUAUAUUACCUAUUCCGGUUAAACUUAAUUUUAUUAACAUCGUGUGGCUAUUUGGACCUUUAAUACUCCUUGUUUACCAGUUGGGUAAUAUACCUUUCCUUUUCAAUUUUAAUUGUUGUCUCAUCUACCAGGAUCUUAUUUUGAGAAAGGAUCCAGCUAUUUAGCUAAAACUUCUUAUAGUGUCAAAGCUGAAAUUGAAUCUUACAACAAAUCAUAUAAAAGCAUCGAACAUUCAUAAUCACUUGUUGUUAGAGAACCACUGAAGUAGAAUAUGGCUGCAUUGAUGGGAGAAAUGGAAGUAAAAGCAUCUACUUGGUGUUGUAUCGACUAAGGAACUUCUCAUAUAAAAUGUGUGUUUGAUAAAAAUCAUUAUCUUCCUGGAGACACUGCUUACUUAUGGGCUGAUUUAGAUAAUUCUAACUGCAAGUUGGAUGUCACAAGGAUCGAAGCUAGAUUAAUUAAUUACCUAACCUUAAGGGAUAGAACAGGAAGAGAAAAGCAUCUGACUAGAACAAUUGUUUCAUAAUAAAUUCAAGGAAUUAUGGCAGGAGAAAGAGCAGUUGAAAAUGAAAGGAAAUAAAUCCAACUUAUUUUACACAAUAAGAGUUCAUAAGAUGGUCUACGUCCUUCAUCUAAUGGACAGUUAGUUAAAUCUGUCUACAGAUUAGAAAUUUAAGCAGUUCUAGCUGGUUGUACUUGUUGUAGUAAACAUCCUAAAGUAAAUGUUCCAAUUGAAAUCGUUGCACCUGUCCCUUAAAUUUAUAAUUAACCAAUAGUUUAGCCUUCUAAUUGGAAUCCUUAGAUUUUCCAACCUUAAAUUGUAUAAUUUACAGACAGUACCAUGUAUUUGAAGGAUCAGACCUAAUAAUCAAAUUACAAUUAUCCAUAGGUUCCACCACCACCACCUCCUAAUUAAUUUGGAUAAAUGUAGUAACCAAUGAGUUGA